AUGGCGGGCCUUCUCGCGCAGCCUGCGCGCGUAACGCGGGUGGCCGUCCCCGCGUCCUCUCCGCUAGCAUCCGCCGCCUUCAUUUCCCCUAGUCGCUUUUCUGCCGCCGCUCACGGCCGGAUAGCGGCGCGGCAGCGCAAGUCGCUGGCCGUUAGAGCGGCGGCGGGCGAUUCGAGUGGCGACGGCGACAAUGUGGUAACCCUGCUGGACUACGGCGCGGGAAACGUGCGAAGCGUGCGAAACGCCAUUCGCCUGUUGGGUUACGAGAUCAACGACGUGAGCGAGCCCGAGGACAUCCUGGCAGCGCGGAAGCUCAUCUUCCCGGGCGUGGGCGCGUUCAGAGCCGCCAUGGAUGUGCUGAAUGAGCGAGGCCUGGCAGACGCCAUUCGCCAGUACGUGGCGUUGGAUCGCCCCUUCCUGGGCAUCUGCCUGGGCCUGCAGUUGCUCUUCGACGGCAGCCAGGAGUUUGGCGACGUGGAGGGAUUGGGCAUCAUCCCAGGCACUGUGUCCCGAUUCGAUGCAUCCAAGGGGCUCACCGUGCCGCAGAUCGGGUGGAACGGGCUGCAGAUCGUGCAAUCCGAGCCGUCCAUUCUGGAUGGCGUGAAUGGGCGCCACGUGUACUUUGUGCACUCGUACCGAGCCACUCAGACUCCUGCGAACAGCGAGUGGGUGCUGGCGACGGCCAACUAUGGCGAGCCGUACGUGGCGGCAGUGCGGAAGGGCAACGUGCAGGCCGUGCAAUUCCACCCGGAGAAGUCGGGCGUGGUGGGUCUGGACAUCCUGCGUCGCUUCCUCGGCCCCAACAGGAGCCAGCAGGCCAACGAGGUAGAGGAAGCAUGCAGCAAGCCUUUGAGGGGCCCACGAGCCACGCAGCUGGCGAAGCGUGUGAUUGCAUGUUUGGAUGUGCGCGCUAACGACCGGGGAGACCUCGUGGUCACCAAGGGCGACCAGUAUGACGUGCGGGAGCAGGGCGAUGAGAGGGAGGUGCGCAACCUGGGCAAGCCAGUGGAGCUGGCAGCACGGUAUUUCAAGGAGGGCGCGGACGAGGUGGCGUUUCUCAACAUCACGGGCUUCAGGGACUUCCCCCUCGGCGACCUGCCCAUGCUCGAGGUGAUGAAGCGCGCAUCUGAGAGGGUGUUUGUGCCACUCACAGUGGGAGGCGGCAUCAGGGACUUCACAGACGCCAAUGGCAGGCCGUACUCAGCGUUGGAGGUGGCGGCGGAGUAUUUCCGGUCAGGGGCGGACAAGGUGUCCAUCGGCAGUGAGGCCGUCUUUGCAGCGGAAGAGCUGCUUGCUUCCGGGGAGAAGACAGGCAAGACGGGGAUAGAGCAGAUCUCCUACGUGUAUGGCAACCAGGCGGUGGUGGUGAGCAUAGACCCUAAGAGGGUGUACGUGACCUCGCCAGACGACGUGCCUUUCAAAUGCGUCAAGGCAUCAACGCCAGGACCCAACGGGGAGGAGUACGCAUGGUAUCAGUGCACGGGUGAUUCUCAUCUCACCAUGCUGCCUUCCCCUCUCACCAUGUUGCCUUCCCCUCUCACCAUGCUGCCUUCCCCUCUGACCAUGCUGCCUUCCCCUCUGACCAUGCUGCCUUCCCCUCUGACCAUGCUGCCUUCCCCUCUGACCAUGCUGCCUUCCCCUCUCACCAUCGUAACCUCUGCUGCUGCACUGCAGGCCGUGGAGCAGCUGGGGGCGGGGGAGAUUCUGCUCAACUGCAUCGACUGCGAUGGCCAGGGCCAGGGAUUCGACUUGGAUCUGGUGGAGCUGGUCUCCUCUGCUGUGAGCAUCCCUGUCAUCGCCAGCAGCGGGGCGGGCAACCCAGAGCACUUCUCGCAGGUCUUUGCUCACACUGGCGCCUCCGCUGCGCUGGCUGCCGGAAUCUUCCACCGCAACGAGGUGACAAUAGAGUCGGUGAAGACGCAUCUGGCAGAGGAGGGUGUGGAGACUCGCCUGCUGUGA